AUGCACCUCACCACCUCACCUCUGAACCACCAGUCUACCAGCAGCAUCCCGCAACGAGAGGAUGAGAAGCAGGCAAGCACAAAGGAAAGCAGCCUGAGCAGCCAGUACCGGGAGAAGGUGCGGCCCUGCAUCGACCUCAUCGACUCCCUGCGGGCCCUGGGCGUGGAGCAGGACCUGGAGCUGCCCGCCAUCGCUGUCAUUGGGGACCAGAGCUCUGGCAAGAGCUCCGUGCUGGAGGCUCUAUCUGGUGUCGCUCUGCCCAGGGGCAGCGGUAUUGUCACCCGGUGUCCACUGGUGCUGAAACUGAAAAGGCAGUCUUGCGUGUGGAGUGGAAAGCUCAGUUAUCGAAACGCAGAAUUCUACCUCCAGCACCCUGAGGAGGUGGGGAAGUUAAUAAUGCAAGCCCAGAAUGACAUUGCUGGCUGUGGUGUGGGUAUUAGCCACGAGCUCAUCAAUCUGGAGAUCACCUCCCGAGAGGUUCCGGACCUGACCCUCAUUGACCUCCCUGGCAUCACUAGGGUGGCCGUGGGAAAUCAGCCUCAGGACAUUGGACGGAAGAUCAAGGCACUCAUCAAGAGCUACAUCCAAAGACAGCAGACAAUCAACCUGGUGGUGGUACCCUGUAAUGUGGACAUUGUGACCACAGAGGCACUCAGCAUGGCUAAGGAAGUGGACCCUGAUGGAGACAGGACCAUUGGAAUCCUGACCAAACCAGAUCUAGUGGACAAGGGCACUGAAAAUAGUAUCCUGAAAGUGAUGCAAAACCUCACCUACCACCUCAAGAAGGGCUACAUGAUUGUGAAGUGUCGGGGUCAGCAGGAGAUCAUCGACAACCUGAGCUUGGAAGAGGCCACUGAGAGAGAAAAGAACUUCUUUCAGUCCCAUUCGGUUUUCAGAGUUCUCCUGGAGGAAGGAAAGGCCACAGUGCCUAAUCUGGCUGAAAAGCUGACCUCAGAACUCAUCCUGCACAUCAAAAAAUCACUCCCGUUGUUAGAAAAUCAAAUCAAGGAGAGUCACCAGAGAGCAGAGGAGGAGCUGCGUUUCUGUGGCAUAGACAUCCCCGAACAGGAAAUGGAUAAAAUGUUCUUUCUGAUUGAGAGAAUUAAAGCGUUCAAUCGAGACAUUGAAAAAUUGAUAGAAGGAGAAGAAAUUGUGAAGGACAACGAGUCUCGGCUAUACAACAAAGUCAGGAAGGAAUUUAAAGCCUGGGAACACGUGCUUGAAGACAAUACCAAAAAAGUUAAAAACAUCAUUCAUGAAGAAGUCUCAAAAUAUGACAACCAGUACCGGUGCAAAGAGCUUCCUGGCUUCGUUAACUAUAAGACGUUUGAGACCAUCGUGAGGCAAUACAUCCAACAGCUGAUAGACCCAGCUCUGAACAUGCUCCAGAAAGUCGCAGAAACUGUCCAACAAGCUUUCAGUGAUACAACCAAGAAGCAUUUUUGUGAAUUUUUCAACCUUAAUUCAACCAUCCAGAACAUGAUCGAAGAACUAAAAAUGAAGGAAAUAAAAACAGCAGAAGAGCUGGUCCAGCUUCAGUUCAAAAUGGAGCUUCAGGUUUUUUGUCAAGAUCAGAUUUACAGCAAGAUUCUCAAGAAAGUCCGAGAAGAAAUAUUUAACCCACUGGGAAAUCCUCCACAGAUGUUGCCGGCCAGGCGGUUAGAUCUUUUUGACACCAGUGCAAAUAAUUCUCCAAAUCCUUCAAAUUCUUCCAUCACUGAAAUCAGUAUACACCUGAAUGCCUAUUUCUUGGAAACCAGCAAGCGUCUUGCCAACCAGAUCCCCAUCAUAAUUCAGUACUUCCUGCUCCAAGACAACGGCGAUUGCCUGCAGAAGUCCAUCAUGCAGCUAUUACAGGUCAAAGACCACUACACCUGGCUGCUGGAGGAGCAAAAAGAGACGGCCACCAGGAGGAAGUUCCUCAAGGAGAAGAUUUACCGGCUGUCGCAGGCUCGGCACACACUCAAUCACUUCUCCAUUUAA